AUGUCUGUUGCUGGUGAUGAAAAGCAUUGAGUAGGUCUUCAAUAACUGACAUAUCAAUAAUUAGAAUGCUGCCGUGACAGAAAUACACACCUCUUUAUUUCUUUCAAAUGCAGUCCUUGAUAAGUAUAUUGGACAGAAACAUCUUUGUCUUCUUAGCAGAAACCCAUGCACACUCAUGCAUGUACGAUGGCAUCACAUAUCAAAUACAGCAUUGCUGUUGUCUUUCAAUGUUAUUCUACUGUUACAAGAUUAAGCUGGAGUUAACCACACAUGCGUGUGUGUGCGUGUCAGUGGUUGUUUGUUUUGUUAUGUGUUCUGUUAUGUACCCAGCACUGCAGUCUUCUGGUCUGCCUUAUGUCACGUGGGGGACGUAGGGAUGCACUGGAUGGUACAUUGACGCAAAUCAACUUUUAUGAGAAAAAUCUGGCAGUCACACCGACUCUACGGCUCGUUGCCCGGAGAUCCUACAGAUGAUACCAAAGUUCUGCUUCCCCUUUGAUGUGGAAAGGGUGUCUCAGAAUCAGGUGGGACAGAAUUUUACUUUCGUGCUAACUGACAUUGACAGCAAACAGCGGUUUGGUUUUUGUCGACUCACCCAAGGCUGCCGAAUCUGCAUAUGUCUGCUCAGUUAUCUUCCAUGGUUUGAAAUUUACUACAAGAUGUUAAACACGCUUGCUGACUAUUUAAUGAAACAACAGGAAAACGACUUGAAUGACUUGCUGAAUUCGCUUUAUGAUCUGCCUGUGCCAAAGCCCUUCACGCCAGUCAACCUGAGUGUGAAUGAGCAGUUGUAUAUUGCCACUGGGCAAGUACUGAGAGAUCGGCAAAGCAAGGAGCCGCACUCCUACUUCAUCGCCCCGGAUAUCAAUGGACUGCCAACAAUCCCGGAGAGUAGAAACCUGACCGAGUACUUUGUGGCUGUGGAUGUCAACAACAUGCUCCAGCUCUACGCCACCAUGCUGCAUGAACGCCGCAUCAUCAUUACCUCAAGCAAGCUGAGCACUUUAACUGCGUGUGUCCACGGAGCAGCAGCUUUACUCUUUCCAAUGUUCUGGCAGCACAUAUUCAUCCCUGUCUUACCCCCACAUCUCCUGGACUACUGCUGUGCUCCCAUGCCGUACUUCGUGGGAGUUCAUCUCAGUCUGCUGGAGAGAGUUCGGAGUCGUUCCCUGGAGGAUGUAGUCAUUCUGAAUGUUGAUACCAACACCCUGGAGAGCCCGUUUGAUGACCUGCACAACCUUCCCAGUGACAUAGUCUAUUCUUUGAAGGGCAAGCUAAAGAAGCAGUCGACAGCAACAGGAAGUGGGGUCGCCAGGGCCUUCCUAAGAGCCCAAGCAGCUCUGUUCGGUACCUACAGAGAUGCCCUGAGAUACAAACCUGGGGAGCCCAUUACAUUCUGCGAGGAAAGCUUCACGAAUCAUCGCUCCAGUACCAUGAAGAACUUUCUAUCCAUGGCUGUCAACCUGCAGCUCUUCAAACAGUUCAUCGAUGGACGAUUGGCCAAAUUGAACGCAGGCCGUGGCUUCAGCGACGUGUUUGAAGAAGAGAUCACAGAGGGGGGCUUCUGUGGAAGCAACUCCAGGUCUUAUCAGCAGUGGAUGCACACAGUAAAGAGAGGAGGAGCUCUAUUCAACACAGCUGUGACAAAGGCCAAGAGUCAUGCCAAGAGGGGCAUCCGGGAUAUUAAGGGCAGACUCAAAGCAAGGGAGGAGGAAGAAGAGGGGGUGAUGGUCUGUGCAGGUUCACCCACCAGCACCAAGAGCCUGUCUCCAAGGAGACUACAGAAGAUGAAACGGCAUCACUUCAACAAGUCUCCCAUGAGUAUGGGCCCCAGAGAGCUGUGCUUCCGACUGGAUGAUGAUGAUCUGGACAGUGCGAGCAAAAUCUCUUCUGAGGACAGUGGCGAUGUCCCCUUUUACAUGGAGGACAGUGAUGACUCCUACUCCCUGGACCUGGAAAUGGACUCCUCGCACUCCGGUCAGAUGAACUUACUGGAGGAGAUCUUGGACUCUCUGACCACCAGCACGACCAUGGAUCAGGGGAAGCUGAGUGCUGCCAAGAGCCUGGACUUCUUUAGAUCACUGGAUGAUCUGGACUACCAGGCCCCGAUCAAACCAACUCAAUUCACUGAGAGCAACCCGUUAGAUGAGAGCAGCAGUGCCAAUCAGUCGGGCUGGAACAUGGGACAGGACGACUGUGCAGUCCAUGGCAAACAUCUGCCGCCGUCACCCCGCAGACAACCCAACAAGAGCAGCCUGAAGGCUUCAAAGAAACCCAAUCUUUCGGAACACAUCCGGACGUCCAUGCUGGAUUUCGAGGACCGUGACACCAUCAGUGCAUCACAAAGACCUGGAGACCGACACUCUUAUUCCCCCUUGAUGUCUCACCGAGCCACUGAACCGUCUAUCCCUCACUGCUCUCCCAAAUAUUCUCCUCAACUGGUCGCACGAUCUCGGACCGUCUCGGAAACACAACCCCGUAGUAGUGAGCCUACACCUGUACAGAACCAGUCUGCAUCAACUAGCAUCCUGCGACGGAAGGUUCUGUCCAAGGAGACGGUACGUAACUACAAGGAGAAGUCUCUUCUGAGGCAAGGCAGCAGGGGCCAGCAGCAGGCGCCAAAGAGUCAGACCAGGACCAGCCUGUCACCCAUGCAAGUACCCUGGGAGAAGGAUUCCACCAAGGACGGAUUCCUGGGUCUUAGUCCGGAUCAGAACAAAACAUCGGAAACGUCACUGCUCCAGGACGAAGAUCUCCUUCAGGAGAUUGAGUCAAUUUGUCGGCUGAGCUCAGCUCUCCAGCUUUCGCAGGUGCACUGCAAUAGCCACCAGGUCCAGAACAAAGAGAAGUCUUAGUCUUAGCGCCCAAAACUCAGUGAUGACCGCACCAUUCCCGGCACAACAGGUCUGACAUCAGAAGGACCUGACGGUUUUAGAACACAGAAGCAAAGGUCCUCCCUGGACCUCACUGAUAAGAAUAAAUGUCUUUUUUUGAAAAUGUACGGAUGAGGGAAAAGGGAUCGAUGCCUCGGUGUUCCAAAUCAUUUCAACGUACUUGAAACUGAUCAGCGAAACUAAGGAUUAAACUUUGGAACCUCCAAAUGAUGUUUGUCACCGCGCCUUAACCAAGUCUGUAGCGGAGCAGAACAUAGAGAACCCUCAUGGUUGAUAAUAUCUUGAGUUCGAGGUGCAUUAAUGUUGUUCCAGACGACAAGCUGCAGAUUUACACAAGUUUUAGUGUCUCAUCUGGACCUUGUUGACUAAAUGUGAAGCAAUGUUUCACCAGAUACUGGUCGAGCUGAAAAGGCUCUUCUGCCAGAGCAUCACUGUACGAUAAGGGUGUUUAACCCCGUCGUCAAAGACAAUAUUAAGUUGCACCACUACCUUCAGCAUGGGAAAGCCUGCUCACUGCUCCAUGCCUUGUGCAGGAUACUGAGCUGCAGAUAAUCAUGUAAGUGGGCUGAUAUCAGUCUUUCAGGCACAACAGUUCAUAUUUGCUGAGAUAUUGGAGUGUUUGCUCUGUGACUGAGACUCGGUUGCUGGUUUGAUCCCACCUUCCCACGUUCCUGUCGACCCUGAUUCACUUUCUAGUGCUACUGAGUGUGUUGUGUGUUCACUUUACUACCCAUUUGGAUGCUAGAGAUGUCCAACGCUUAGUUCAGCAGAGCUCCACCUUGUGAGAUCCCCUUUCCCUCACCGGCUGAACAAUCCGACUCGAGUUGCUGAUCUACAUUAAUUCAGCGCCCCCUGAAUGAUGAGGCUAAGUGUCUCUAAAAACACACAGCUCCGAGAUUCAGUGCAAUGGUUCCUUGACUGAGCUCCUUUCCCAUAAGAGAGACUACAGACAGGAGCGAAAACUCAUUGCGUUUGUGACCCCGGCAAAGUCUGAUCCAUCUUUUAAUGGUGCUCUAGACUACAGUUCCUGUCCAUGAGCAUGAUCAGAUGAUGACCAGUUCAGUUCUUUAUCACCUGUGACUCCCAGUUUCACAAGUUAGUCGACAAGAGACCCAAAAGAAGACUGUUGCUUUGACAGUCACCAUUGCCACCUGAGGGAGAUUGGACGUGUGCUGGUCAACAUGCUCCAUACCUUAUUUACAGCUUCCUGUAGCUGUGUUUGCAUCAAGUCUUGCACUGCUGAUGGUUGAUUGUUACAACUUCUCCUGGGAGAAGCUGCUCACUUAAUGAUUGUUCAGUGUCCCCCAGACUCCAUUUUUAAGAAUGUUACUAGCUUUCACAGAAUCUGCUCCAAAUGGUAAUAAUAAUGAUAAUCCACAUGUCAGUAGUUUAGGUGGCUCAAGUCUUUGCUUAUAUGCAACUGAACCUUUUUAAAACAUGCAAACUGCGCUCAAAUUUAGACAGUAUUGGGCUAACUGUGCUAGUGAGUCCAAAAAACAGAACAAAUUGUCUCUUUAUAAAUUGCAAUAUUGUCAAAACUAUGCAAAUAAAGAAUAUUGUAGAAUAUUUUUCAGCAUAGACUAAUGCACGACUGGAUAUAUUUAUGAAAUGCAAUUCAAUGUUGAGGACAGUGAGUGUGUUCGGUGCCUUAUGCGAUAAGUGCACCACCUAGUACAGUGUUAAAAAGAGUUUUAAAAACAUCAGUCCUGUAUCUCUCAUUUGCUGUCGUUGAUUUGAUCUUUCCUCUGAUAAAAGUAUUUUCUGCUAAUAGACGUAUUUUUCCUGACUUGACUAUAUUUUACAUGAAUAAUACGGUAUGAAUGAUGCUGAUACUGAUUUUGAAUGUGCAAGAUUUUAUUUUUCUGAAGAGCGAUAUAAAUGUAAUGACACGGUUCAGAUGGUUGUCAUUUCCUCCUGUUUUUCUGACUUGUCCAUGGUACUCUUGAGUUCUCCUGCCCUGUAUUAAUGUGUAGUUGUGUUUUCUUCUCAGUUGUUUCAUAGUGCAGCAGUGACGCCGAAUUGAUGAAUGAUAGCAUUGUCAGGGAACCUUUUUUUUCACUGUAGUGAACUAACAAGACUUUUUGGAUGUUAUGGUGACAUCAUUCAUUGCUGCGGUGAAUAUGUAGCAAGUCCUAGUCCUCACUGUCAUCCUCACAAUGGUGUCGGUACAGAUCUGGUGUCGCCAGGUUCUGUUCACACUUGCAUGUUUUUGUGGAGAGUCAAUAUUUGCACACAUGUUCGCGCUGUCUGCAGAAAAUAAAUUCUCUUGUGUCCUUUCA